AUGAGUCCAAAACAAGUCAUCUUCAAGAAAAUCGCCAAGGACAAGUCGGUGGGAGUGUACAUGGGGAAACGAGACUUUGUGGAUCGUGUGGAUUCAGUUGACCCUGUCGAUGGUGUUGUCCUGGUGGACCUAGAAGCUCUGAAAGGCAGAAAAGCCUUCGUUACCCUGUCCUGUACGUUCCGGUACGGUCGUGAUGACAUGGAUGUAAUGGGAAUAGCCUUUCGUCGAGAUAUUUACAUGUCUACCCGACAGAUCUACCCUCCACUGCAGGACAAAGAACAGGGCACACUGACCAAAGUGCAAGAGAAACUGCUGAGAAAACUAGGAGACAAUGCCUACCCUUUUUUCUUUGAGUUUCCUGAUAACCUGCCUUGUUCAGUAGGGCUCCAGCCAGCUCCUAAUGAUGUCGGGAAGCACUGUGCUGUAGAGUUUGAGGUAACAGCCUUCAGUGCUGAGAGCCAGGAUGCAAAAGUUCGCAAGAGGAGUACUGUGCGUCUGAUGAUCCGGAAAGUUCAGUACGCCCCUGAAAAGGAUGGACCUGCACCAUCUGUGCAGAUCUCCCGUGAUUUUGUCAUGUCUGACAAACCCUUGCACCUGGAGGCAAGCCUGGAGAAGGAGACUUAUUAUCAUGGUGAACCAAUAAACGUACGGGUCAAGAUCUCAAAUGACUCCAACAAAACGAUUAAGAACGUUAUUGUCUCCGUGGAGCAGAUAGCCACAGUGGUGCUGUACUCUAAUGACAGCUAUGCAAAGGCAGUGGCAACAGAUGAUUCAGGAGACUCUGUGGCAGCAGGCGGCAAACUGGAGAAAGUGUAUACUCUACUUCCCCUUUUAGCCAACAACAGGGAAAGACGUGGUAUUGCACUUGAUGGAAAGCUCAAACAUGAAGACACUAAUUUGGCUUCUUCCAGCAUUACCAAAGAGGGCGUGCUGAAGGAAGUCUUGGGGAUCAUGGUGUCCUAUAAGGUGUUGGUGAAGCUUAUUGUUGGCGGGAUUAUGGGGUCCAGUGAAGUCGGAGCAGAGCUCCCAUUUCAGCUCAUGCAUCCCAAGCCUGACUCAGGUAUACCUUAUGAGCGUGAUGAAAUGGUAUUUGAAGAGUUCAAGCGUUCCUACCUGAAGGGGAUGGUUGAAGAUGAGGAGGAGCCUAACGUGUCAGAGGCAUGA